AUGGAUCCUGAACGAGCUAGUACAGAUGAAGUAGAGAGUAAUGCGCCUAUUCCCGCAGAAGGGACGGUGCCAUCAGAUGUUAAUGUUAGUGAAAGACCUGCAUCAGAUAGACAGGGAGGAGGAGCUAGAGAAGCCUUCUUCCAAGCCAUGACUGAUUGGUUUGCCGAGUUCGUUAAAUGCGAAUCCGGCUAUAAGACCUCCACCCCCUCAAGAAUCACAGGUUCCCCAUGUAGCUUCCCCAACUGCAGUAAGUAUGCUCGAGAAUUUGUAUCCACCGAAGCCAACAUGUGCAAGAGAUUUGAAGAUGGGCUUAAUGAUGACAUCCGACUAUCAGUGGGUGUAUUGGAAAUCAGAGAGUUUGUUGUUCUGGUAGAAAGAGCUUGUAAAGUAGAAGACUUGUUAAAAGAAAAAGAGAAGAGCAAAGCUGAAGCUGGAGCGCAGGAUACAAAGAAGAGGCAAAUGAGUAAAUCAUUUCAGUCUACAUCUAAGAGGCCUAGGGAGCUCUCUAGCGGAUCACAUUUUCCACAGAUAUAUUCUAGCCGAAGCAGAAGUAGAAGAUUCGAGGGUUUUAGAGCUCAAACCACUACAGUUGCAAGUACAGGCAGUACUCGACCUCCUAGGCUUGAAUGUUCUCAAUGUGGGAGACGCCACCCCGGAGAGUGUAGAGCAGGUGAAAAUGUUUGUUUUAGAUGUGGAGCAUCCGAUCACUUUAUUCGGGAUUGUCUUGAAACAACUAAAAGAGAAGAAAUAACGAGUGCGAGAUCAGGUAAUGCUCCUACCAGAGGUAGACCGCAGAGAAACCCAGGAGUGGGGGCGAGUAAUAGGAGUUCAUCCAGAGAUUCAGCAGCGAGAUCAGAUGUUAGAGCACCCGCGAGAACGUAUGCUAUUCGUGCUCGUGAAGAGGCGUCCUCUCCUGAUAUAAUUACGGAUCAAGAAGUACGAAACUCGAGGUUAGACAAAGGGAAGAAUAAAGUUGAAGACUAAGUUGGUGAAUUUGGCUAUAAUUGGUACCGAGGUAAGUUUACGGUAAAUAAAUGCAAUAUUUCAAUAUUUAUUAUCAAUGAUGUUAAUUUCCAGCAAUUAUGAAUUUAUUUUAUGAAUUUAUUUGAUGAUGAUCCAAGCAUGAGAUGAUAGAGAAUUAAAAUUUGAAAGUCCCGUUGAUACAUAAGGAUGGUACUGGAUACGAAUGUCAUGACAUUUGGGUAAAGAGAUCCCAUAUAAGACCAUGUCUGGGACAUGGCAUUGGCAUCCUUAAGAUCAUGAGAGGUCCCCUGUAAGACCAUGUCUGGGACAUGGCAUGGGCACCGAGACGAGAGGUCCCAUGUAAGACCAUGUCUGGGACAUGGCGUUGGCACCGAGAUGAGAGGUCCCCUAUAAGACCAUGUCUGGGACAUGGCAUGGGCACCAACAUGAGAACAUCCCAUGUAAGACCAUGUCUGGGACAUGGCUUUGGCAUGUUAUUAUCAGAAGAGACCCGAGUAUCCUUAUUAUUCCAAUGUAGCUCAACGGGCUUGUAAAUGAAUCAUGUUCAUGAAAGUUCAGUUUAAAGCAUAAAUGGCAAGCUCAGGUAAGUUGUAAGACUUAAGAACUUAUUAUACUAUCAAUUGAUGUUCAACGAUGCAGCAAGGAUUGAGUAAGUUAUGCACACAAGUAUUCUAAGUAAACAAGUAAGAGAACUAGUAUGAGAUUAACUAAAGAGUAAACUAGAGAUAUAGACAUUGAGUUUAAUUAUUUAAGUUAAAUAUUGUUAUUUAUUUGCUAGUAAACUUACUAAGCUUUAUGCUUACUUCUUUUAUUUCUCUUUCUCUUAUAGUAUUGCAAAUCUACUUCAAGGAUCCUAAAGAAGUCGGAGACCGUCCACACUAUCAACUACAACUGCUCGGUAUUUUAUAUCGAAACACGUUUGAGUUAUGGCAUGUAUAGGGAUUUAGUUAUUUUGUAUGUUUGUAAUGAUGAUUUUGCUAAUGAGUGAUGUGUAAGUAUUUGAUGAUGUAUGGUCAUUAAAAUGGUUAA